AUCAGUUGUGUGUUGUGUGUACGAGAGUGUGCUCCAGAAAGUCUGUGUGAAGCUCGCAGCUAUGGGAGUCCGUAGCCCAGGGUGGCUCGGCAGGAUGAGGGUGCUCGUGGCAGUGCUGCUGUCCCUGAUAGCGCUGCAGCAUUCCUGGGCCCUGAGUCCCACCGACUGCAAGGGUGCGGAGCCUGUGGCUGAGCGAGCGCUACAGGUGAUCAAUGGAGACCGGUGGAAUGGCUAUCUUUUCCACUUGCUGCGGGUCGCUGAUGCCCACUUGGAUAGAACGGGACCCACAGCUGUGUACUAUUUAGUCCUGGAUGUGCAGGAAUCCGACUGCUGGGUGCUGUCUGGGCAACACCUGGAUGACUGUGAAGUUGCUUCUAGACGCCCAUCUGAGAUCGUGAUUGGACAAUGUAAGGUAAUAGCCACGAAAUAUUCAAAUGAAUCUUGGGGUCUUAGAGUGAAUGACUACAACUGCACCGUCAGUUCAGUCUCGGCGGCCCUGAGCAAUACCAAAGACAGUUCUGUCCUCUUGGAUUUCUUCGCGGACACUGAGCUCUACAGGAAACCAGCUGACAAAGCCCUCGACAAGCUCAAAGGCGAGGACAGCGCUUUCGCUUCUUUCAGAGUGGACCACGUAGAACGAGUCGCAAGGGCGAGAGGAGGGGAAGAAACCAGUUACCACGUGGAUUUCUCCGUGAGGAACUGUUCCGCGUACCAUUUCCCCAGAGGCCCUCACCUCUUUGGAUUCUGUAGAGCAGAUUUGUACUAUGACAUAGAAGCUGCUGACUUGGAAAGCCCGAAAAACCUUAAAGUAAACUGUGAAGUCUUUAACUUUGAGGAGCUUAGAAACAUCAGUGGUGGGCCACCCCAUGGGCACCAUCGCCACCACUUUGGCAGGUGGGAGCAUCCAUUUAACCCAAAUAGAUCCAGAGAUCAUCAUCAUUUUCUCAAGCCAUAUAAAGGGGGGUUCCUACCUCCCCCAGAAGAGAACAAUGAAUCAGGUGGACCACAACUGCCUCCUCCAGGAGCAAGACAUCUUCACCCUCGUUUUGGUACUGAUAGAACUCAUGUACCUCCUCAUAAUCAUAGUUCUAGUGAGCGUGAUCCCCACAAACAUCCUCCACAUGGACAUGGUCCUCAUGGAUGCCAUCCUCAUGGACCCCCUCCCCAUGGACCCCCUCCCCAUGGACCCCCUCCCCAUGGACCCCCUCCCCAUGGACACCAUCCUCAUGGACACCCUCCUCAUGGACCCCCUCCCCAUGGAUUCCAUCUCCAUGGACCCCCUCCUCUUGGACCCCCUCCCCCUGGACACCAUCCCCAUGGACCCCCUCCCCAUGGACACCAUCCCCAUGGACACCAUCCCCAUGGACCCCCUCCUCAUGGGCACCCUCCCCAUGGACAUGAUUUCCAUGACUAUGGACCCUGUGAUCCACCAACUGAUCACCAAGGUACCAAAGAUCACCAUGGUCACGGUCAUGGUCACGGUCACGGUCACGGUCAUGGUCCACCACAUAGGCACCCAGGUAAAGGGCAUUUUCCAUUCCAUAGACGAAAGAUUGGAUAUGUCUACCGACUCCCUCCACUAAAGGUGGGAGAAGUUCUUCCUUUGCCUGAGGCCAAUUUCCCCCGUUUCCCAUUUCCUAAAUGCAAUAGUUCCCUACAUCCAGAGAUUCAGCCCUUCCCGCAAGCAGCUCUUUCCUCUGACUUGUGUCCUGGGAAGUUCAAGAUUGAGUCCCCAGAACUUGCCAACUUUUUUGCAUACCCAUCUUCAAAAUAAAAUCUGAGUCUUAAAAGAGAGAAA